UAGCACGUCUGCGGCAUAUGUCGGUCGAUUCUAAGGACAUUGUCCAGUCUGUGAACUCGCUCGCGCUCGUUUCGAGCCUCUUAGUGACACCGCGGCCGCCGUCCAAAGCCUACGAUCCAACAUAUUUCUAAGAGAUCGGUUGAAAUCGACGAAUCAGAGAAAAUGCGUAGUAAAAUUUACGAGGUACGUUGAGAAUCGUGGAAAGGAAAGGAAAAAAGGAACGAUCACGAUGCCUGCCGGGAUUUCAGCGUUGGCGCCAACCGCGAACGGGGACCCGUUCGUCCUCGAGGUGAAGAGUUCGUACGCGAUUCUUCGAAAGGAUGGAACGAGUCCGCCCGUUCUUCGCGAUCGUCCAGAGAGAAGCAAUCCAACGUUGGAGCAUCGAAGGCGUAUCAGCAGAUCGAACGAGCAUUUGUCCCAAUCGAGGCUUCAGUCGAAUCAGACGAAUCCGUUGAGAAGGGAGUCGAGGAGUAGGAGCGAGGACGAUUGCCGAUCGAUCGUCGAUCAGAAAAUACCCGCCAUCAAGCCGAGCAUCACGCUGUCCACGGAGGACUUCAACGAGGUUCUGAACGCGAAACUGAGGAAACUUCAGGAGCAGGAGAGGGAGAGGGAGGAGGAGCGGAGGAGGGGGGCGAGGAGAAGCCAGGGGCCCCGCAAGAAACCGUUCAUCACGACCGUGAGGACGGGCGAGUUUCUAAUGCCGCCCCCGGAAGUGGCGGCCCUUCUCGGCAUACCUUCGUCAACUGAAGCCGAGGAAAGUGAAAAUUGCCCCCUCCGCUCCAAAUUUAAAUCGCUCGCCUCGUUGGCCAGGAAACCGGAAGUUCGUCACAGCAGCCACAUAGCCAGGUGCCCGACCGCCCUCAAGGCCACUGUCGAUUUCACCCUAGGAAUGAUGAACGCCACGACCAUGGCCGCCUCCACGACCUUGGACGAUCGAGCCAAGAUCGCGAGGAGGAACGACGCUGCCGACCAACGAAUCCCUUUCGGCAAUAUUAUGUUCGAUCGUCGCGUUGUUCGUGGAAGUACUUUCGCCGCUACCCCCGUACUUAUCGAUGGGGAACGGUCGAUAGCUGCCAGGCAGGCGGAGGCUAGAAGGAGAAAUUUGGCUAGGAAACGGGCUCAGGCAUUGGCCACGAAAAGUUUGGUGGCUAGAGUCGGCUCGCCGCCCCCCGUUCCUGGCCGAAAACACGAGCCCGUGCAAACGGAAGUAUACCUCGAGGAGCUGUUCGAGAAACCGGACGAGGUCGAGAUUGGUACGCAAACGGAUUAUUUCUUGGACAGACUGCCGACGCCGAGAUAUUGCCCGCAAAAAACUGGAGAAGAUGUCUCCACUCAAAUAGAGCCCGGUGACCUGUUCGACUUCGACUUCGAGGUGCAGCCAAUACUCGAGGUGUUGGUUGGUAAAACGAUAGAGCAGGCGUUGAUGGAGGUUCUCGAGGAGGAAGAAAUAGCCGCUCUGAAGGAGCAGCAAAGAAAGUUCUUGGAAUUGCGGGCCAUGGAGAAGGCGGAGACGCGAAGAUUGGAGGAGCAGGAGAGAAGGCUAAGGGAAGAAAAGGAUCAACGAUUGAAACAAUACGAAGACUCGAUGAUCGCUCAAAGGGAAACGGAAGAACGGAUUGCAGCGGCCACCCUGUUAACAGGAUAUAUAGCCGAACUUCUUCCAGCUGUUCUAGAAGGAUUGAAAAUGUCCGGUUUCCUAUUGGACGAGAUCAAGGCUGAUGUCGAAGACGGUUUCAUGCCAUGGUUGAUGAGAGAGGUUAAGAAAGAGAUUGGGCACAUGGUUGAGAGCAGGGAGGUUCUUAUGGAGAUCAUCCGGGAAAUUUUGGAGAAUCGCGCGGAAACAUACAAGAAGCUUGGCGAGGAGUACGACGCCUCUAGGAAAAAACCGAUGAUCGACACUCUGGAAGACGGAGGGAUCGAUCCAAAUUUCAUUAAUUACGAGCCGCUUGUCAUCGAGGGCCAGGACGUUUAAACGCCAGCCAAAAUUAUUCGAUACUUGUUCAUCGAAGAAGAAGAAGAAAAAGAAGAGGAAGAAGAAGAAGAAGAAGAAAGAAGAUUGAUCGAAAAAUACGAUUGAAAAUUUGAGCAAGCAGCCAAGAGAAAUUUAAGAGAGAGACGUGAAAGAUUUGUAAUAAUUAAUAAUUGAUAAUUUCACAAAAAAAAAACAAUUCAAAUUGAUGCAAAUAAACGAAACGUUUAAUAUCUAUGUA